AUGUCAAGGACUUGGGUGACCUGGAAUGUGAGAGGACUAGGAAGGUCCUUGAAGAGAAAGGUGGUGAAGCAAGCCGUCAGCAAACUCAGACCAGAAGUUUUAUUAAUUCAGGAAUCUAAAUUGAACUCAGACAGAGAAAGGGAAAUCCAAGAAUGGUCCGGAUCAAUGGACAUGGAAUUUGAAGCUGUCUUUGCAAUUGGAGUAGCUGGAGGAUUAUUAACUCUGUGGAAAAGGAACUCUUUUGUGGUCACUGGUGUGGUAAAGAGACAACGGUUCAUCAUUCUUCAGGUACAUUCUUCUCAAAUAGACUGCCCCCUCUGGAUUGUUAAUGUGUAUGGACCCAAUAUUGAUGAGGAAAGAAGAGAUUUUUUUAUGGAUUUGGGUUCAGAACUGUGCAAUUUUGCUGGAGCCUUAAUUGUUGGUGGUGACUUUAAUGCCACCUUAACUGAUGAUGAGCGUAGGGGUCAGAAUAACAGUAACAGGGCAGCUGAUUUAUCCUUUAAAUUCUUUGUGGAUUCCUUAGACCUCAUUGAUCUCAAUAUGGCAAAUGGAACUUUCACUUGGAAUAGUUCCAGAAGUGAUGGACCACGUAGCAAGUUAGAUAGAUGGCUCAUUAAUGACGAAGCUUUUCUGCGUUUUGAUGGAGCUUCCCAAUCAGCAGAGGACUGGGGCAUAUCUGAUCAUCGAGCAAUUACUUUGAGGUUAGGUUCCACUGAUUUUGGACCAAAACCUUUUUGCUUUUAUAAUAGCUGGCUUAUGGAAGAAAGUUUUAAAGAAAUGGUAGAAGAGUGGUGGUGUUCAACGGUUGUAGAGGGCUGGUCAGGAUUUGUUUUGAUGAAAAAACUUAAGGGACUUCGUGACAAAAUCCGUGAGUGGAAGAAGGCGAGAGGUGUGUGGGGGUCGGUGAAAAUCCAUGAAUUGGAGGAUAGAUUAAAUGCUGUUAUGGGUCGCAUGGAGAAUGAGGGCAACAGUACUGACCUACGGAAACACCGGCUGGAAAUUUUGAAUCAGUUAUGGCGCGAGUAUAGACUUGAAGAAAGCCGAUGGCUCCAAAAUGCUAGAAUAAGGUGGCUUAAAUUGGGAGACCGCAACUCUAGCUUUUUCCAUAAGGUCUACAAAAUCAGGGCAGCUCGAAGCGAGUGGAAAAUCUGA